AUGGAAAGGCUUAGCGGGAAGAGAAAUCGUUGUUUAUGUUCCAAAGGCGAUAACUAUGAUUUGGAACUUGAACAAAUGAGAAUGAAGGGAGUCGGGCAUUGGGAUUUGCGAGAAGAAGAUAAAGUUGUCGUUAUGGUGACGCGGGAGCCAGUCAGAAAAGUGCGCUGUGGCUCCCCUGUUAACAUGCGGUGA